ACCGGGAGGGAGCAGAAAUAAAACAAAAAUAGUAAUAAAGGAAAAACCCAGGAGGAGGGAUCGAGUCUGAACCAAGCUCUCUCUAAUUUCAAUUCGACCCAAACAAAUAAAAAUGCAGUCUUUCUAAUUACUAAUUCAACCAAACCACUCCAAUUACGCAGAGCUGAACCAACAAAUUAUCGAAAAGGGGCAGAGUGUUAUGAAUUUUUUGAGCAGUUUUUCGAUUUUUUUUAAAAUGUUUUUGUUGGGUCUACUUGAUUAAUUAAGGUCAGAGAAAUCUCACACUCACUCUCUCAAACUUCACUUCUUUUUAAUUUUUCUGUUUCUUUUUCAUUGCAAUUCCGAAUUUCUCUGCUUUGUUCUGUUUUUCUUUGUUAAAAUAGUCUCUCUCAGCUUCACUGAUCUCUUCUUUUUCUGUUUAAACUUCAAAUUGUGAAGUUUCAACCUGGUGUUUUAGUUGGGUAGUUGAUUAAUUGGUGCAGGGGAGUUUAAUUGACGGGUUCGUUUGUAGUUACGAGGUGUAUAUAGAGUUGGGUGAUCUCAACUUAGGGUUUUGAUUUUAUUAUGUGUUUGUAUGAAUUUGACUUUGUUUUUUAAGGUGUUUGGAUUAGCUGAGCAAGUGAGUUUGAUCUUUAGGGUUUUGGCUAUUGAAAUGCAAAGAUGAGAUUUGGUUUGCAUUGUGUAGUUUUUUGGGCGGGUGAAUUUUGGUUGUUUGGAAACAGAAAUAACUGUGUUGUUAUGCCUGGAAGUUUAGAAUUUGAUUGGCAUUGAAUCGGAAUGGUAAGCGGGUGUUGACAUUUGAAGGGUGAUCUUUGGGUAGCUUCAUUUGUAGUUGUGUUGGAUGGUGUGUAAGUCUGUUUGUUGAGAAAUGCAACCUCAGCAGAGCUCCAGAGCUGAUUUGGUUGAAUUGAAAACUCAUAUUGUGAAAAAGGUUGGGGUUGAGAGGUUCAAGAAGUAUUUCCAUUACUUGAAUAGGUUUUUGAAUCAGAAACUGAGCAAGAGUGACUUUGAUAAGUUGUGUUUUCGUUUGCUUGGGAGGGAGAAUCUCCCGCUGCACAAUCAGCUUAUCCGUUCCAUCCUGAAGAAUGCUUGUCAAGCUAAGGCUCCACCAUCGACUUAUGAGACGGGUCCCACGAAAUCGGUUGUCCAAAGAGCAAAAAGUUCUCCUGGUAGAGAAGAUGGGCACGAGCAGACUGGAUCCCUUCUUCCGAAUCACAAUCAAAAUGUGUCUAUUUGGUCAAAUGGGGUCUUGCCAAUGUCCCCAAGGAAGGUUAGGUCAGGGAUGCGUGAUCGUAAGCACAGAGAUAGACCUAGUCCGCUUGGGCCAGCAGGAAAAGUUGAUUGCUUGUCUCAUCAGUCAAUUGGUGCUGAAGAUAGCGGCAGUAAAGCUGUUAUGGAAAAUGGGGUAUUGCCUCAAUAUGAUUAUCAGAGACCAGUGCAACAUCACCAAUCAGUUGCUGAGCGACCUGAGAAUGAUGUGUCACGUUCAAUUCAACGGCCGUCUGAAAACCCAAUUACAUUCGGUAGAGAUCAUGCAGCUUUUGUAGAAGAUGGAGAGGAGGUGGAGCAAGCAAACCACUUGAAUUUUUCUAGAAGCUCACUGCUUGCACCUCUUGGAAUUCCGUUUUAUUCAGCUAGUGGGGGCGGGGGGCGCAAAGCUAUCCCAGCAUCAAGCAACGGUCAUUUUGUUAGCUAUUAUGACAGUGGUGAAUUGUCCAGCACAGAGAUGCUGAGGAAACGCAUGGAGCAGAUUGCAGCUGCACAAGGCGUUACAGGGGUCUCAGCAGAAUGUGCAAAUAUGUUGAACAAUAUGCUGGAUGUAUACUUGAAGAGGUUGAUAAAGUCUUGUGUUGAGUUGGUAGGAGCAAGGUCUUCACAUGAUCCAAGAAAGAACCAAAUUCACAAGCAACUAGUUCAAGGCAAGGCUAUCAAUGGUACGCGGCCAAUCAAUCACUUACAAGUUAAUAGUGGCCUGAUGGAAGUUACUCACGAACAGAGGCCACGCUGCUCGAUAUCUUUGCUUGAUUUUAAAGUAGCGGCAGAGCUAAAUCCUCAGCAGCUUGGUGAAAAUUGGCCACUACUGUUGGAGAAGAUCUGUAUGCGUGCUUUUGAAGAUUGAAAUCCUGUGAAAAUUGUUGGCAAAGUUGUUGGUUGUGGUGGACAUCCCGGUUCAAGAGCCUUGAUAACUGUUGUUCAAAGAGUCGUUGAUUCAGUUCUGCUCUGAUCUCCCUGAUAAACCAGGUGGUCCCCCCUCCAGACGAGGCUCGGCCCUUACAAGAUAAAACAGUGGAGUUGAGCUUCCAAAUGUCUGUUUUCCUGCUGCAGACCCUGUACGUAUCAGAAAAUUAUUUAACAGCAACCAGGCAAGGGAAACUUUUGAAUAUAACUGCCACGAUUGGUUGCUACUGUUGUAAGAUAAGCAUCAGGGGUUGGCUGACUUGUGCCGCCGCUAUUCGCUACCUCUUUGAAGUCCAUCUGUACAAUGUACAGCCAAUGAAGAAGAAAUUUAAAAAAGUUUUGCUAGGAUAUUCUCAUGUAGCUUGGGGAAAAGAUCAUUCUGGAAGUUGAGUUUGAGUUUCAGAAUUGAAGUUGCCUAUCUUGCCACAUGUUGGUUUAAUGCAUGUUGCAAAAAGAUGGGGGCGUGACUGCUGAUUUAUGCUCUAUAUCAAGAUGCAGACCUGAUAUAGUUGAGGAUUUCGUAAACUGCCUGAGUAUCAUAGGGAGGCUCCCUUCCUGUGACCUACAGUAGGAACGUUUCGAGUGGCAGUGGGUGCUAAGUUUCUCUUGCGGUUAAGACCCAAGACUGAAAUAGAGUAGCUCGCUGAAACUCAAAAGCUGAUCGUUCAAACUUCAAAGUUCAAACUUACCAAAUACCAAUCAAGUCUAGUGGAGCUAUCUCUUGAUAUUACGUUCUUAGCUGGAUGUCAAUAGCAGAAUUGUAUUGACUAGGUUGGUACAGUGGAUUGAGCACUCUAGUCAAGGGGGAUAGCAUGGCGGAUUGUGGUCGUUAUGCCUUUCUGGGAGAAUCUUGGAUGGGCAGGCAUGCGGUUUGGUUGUUUGACUCGUUGGUUAGGAUGGGAUUGAAUAUCUAGUACUUAACUGGCUAAUGUUGUUAACAGAUUAUUCCUCCUGUGCUGAGGGAUUGACAUCCAAACACAUACCUGUUUCUCUAAACCGAGGGUUUUCUCAAAGAGAAAGAUUGAAUAAAUAUUUUAGCGUCAAUGCUUAAUAUCUGUCUUUUUUUUUCUCAGAUCUCAAAUAUGUUGUGUCAUAGGAGAUGCAUUGAAGAACUAAGCAAGCAAGCUUUACAGGCAUCUGUAGCUUGUUAAAGUUUAAAAUUUCUGGUGUUCCUCGUGCACUGUUUUUGCUCUGUGCAGCAGAUUGUACAUUUCGUUGUUUAUAAUCAUGAAUUGUGGGAUAACUGUUGUUGGGAUGUUCUUAAUAUGUUAUGUUUAGAGGAGAUUCACUUCAUUUUGCUAUAAUUAAAUGCGAAAUGAAAAUUUAUUGAUUCAUAACUCAUCGGUCU